GCUUGUUGAUCGAGACACAAUCAACUUAUGUGCAUGUCGAGUCUUUCAUGAAUGACUGCCGGCCGUUCAAAUGCUGCAUGCAUGCAUGUGGUCCGCUCUCCUCACAAUAAGGUAUUCUGCACCCAUUCCAUUGCAUUCAAAGCCAAAACAAAAAACAGACAGUAGAAAAAUCUCACAGGGCGGAAGAGGAUAUCGGCUCCAUCUAGCUAUCGCACAUUUAGAACACCCUCGUGUCGCUAAAGGCCUCACAUCAAUGAAAGUGCCAGUGGUGACAAAAAGUCAGCCCGCUUCUUCUUUGCCUCGAUCAGUAGAGACCGGGAGGCGCCACGCCAGAUCGCGAGACGACAGCCACAGGCAGGCAAUAACGCUCCGACGAGUGCAAAGGGUUGGCGACGGUGACAUGGCCAUGCGCCCUAGAGAGGAAACCAGAGGGCAGCAGGAAGGCCAGAAUCAGAUGCUGACCACCCUGCACACCCACAUAAAUGCACAGACAGCCACGCAGAGCAUUGUGAUAUCAAGACAGCGGGGGUCUGACAGAGAAAGUCCAGGCAAUCAAUGCACCACCGACCUUCGUGUAUCCGAGCGAAACGGAAGGAGUGGCGCCGAAGAAUUCAGCAGGGAUGCCGCAUUUUCGGCAGUUGACGUUCCAGCUGUUGCGGCAGAUAUUGACGAGGCUGCUCAGGUCCGUACCGUGCCUGCAUCAACCCAUCAGCCACACCACAUAUAGACAGCGCUCAGAAGGCAACAUCAGUGUCAGUGACCCAUGCAUGCAUCACAUUACCAGGCGAACACUCCUCCCGCCUUCAUGGCCUCACACAUGGCCUCGACAGUGCCAUAGCUGCCGCACAGCUGCUGCAGAGCCUGGAAGAACGCCUGAAUGGAUGGACGUGGGGAUGACAGUGAGUGCACACGACGGUCAGCUGAGGCAUGCAGCCUUCGUUAGUACCUGCACUGCCGGAGAGGAUGUAGGGUUGUACAGACCAGGAUUGAUCGUGACCUGCACACACACACAAGAUCCACGAACAUACACGUGGUGACGUGCACCGUUUCCGCAUUGAAUUGCUCCUUUCGCUGCAUUCUACCGUGACAGAGCCACCGAACUGAGCCGCGUGCUGCUGUGCGAAUGAGUAAGCCUGCUGCACGAUCCAUUGGAGGAGCACCAAAACAGCCUGCGACGAACCGACGACCUCAAGACCCAUCUCAAUUGUGCGGUGUGUGAGCGGUAAGGGGCAGACGGCGAGAGAACAGUGCCUGCAGAUCCACGUGGAGCGUCCACACGCUGACGGCAGGAUGCCAGGAAUACAUGAUGUCUGCGAGGAGGAAUACGGUAGGGUCUUGUUCCUGCUGAGUCGCGAAGCGCCGCGAGAAGCGCAGGACGAAGAAACAGAUACGUAGGCGCAGAAUCCAUGCUGCGAGCAGGUUUGAGGCCAGCAGGCAGGCGAGGGCAAGCCUGUG